UGUCAAAACCCCACCGGCACUCAGUUCCGUUGUGUUCACGAGCUCCAUUUCAGUCUAGAAUGGCGACCGCCGUAUGCGGUCUGCAGUCUAACGGCGGCAGCAGUAAACCGACGAAGACCCACCGGGAGCAGCGGAGGAAAGUGAAGGACUCCAAGCGGCGACAGGCAGCUUUAUUGUUCCUCAGUAACAUUUCGCUAGACGGACGGCCGCCGUCCCAGCUCACCGCCGAAAAUGCCGAACAGAAAGUCGCCGAGGAGUCGAGACUGGGGGACAGUGAAGGCGGCGCGGCGGCCAGCCCUCUGCCGGCGGACUGUCAAGGACCCGUCGCCCAGGUGACGGACCCCGCGGCGGUCGGCUGUGGCUCGUCGUCCAGCUUCCCGGGGGUGCUGAGCCCCAUUCGACCCUCUUUAGUCACGUCCCCUGGACCGUCUAGCGCCAGCUCCGUGGGACAUAACGAGGUGUUCUUGGAAGGAGGCGGCACGCUCGAGUCGCUGACCCCGGACACCCCGCUGUCCCCCGUCGUCCACCAGCCGUGCUCCAGAGCCAAGUCCACGCCGGCCGCCCUGAGCCCCGUCCCCGCCAGCAACAGUGUGGAAUCACGGCAGAGGCUGAGGAACAUCUCAGGCUCUCCUGGACCCAAGGUGCCAAAGAAAGUCCACUUCAUCAAGAGCAUGAGGCAGUACGACACCAGGGGCUGCAGGAUCAUGCUGAUUUGUGCCAAGCGGUCGCUUUAUGCUGCUUUCUCAGUGCUGCCAUACGGAGACAAUGCUCAUCUCAGUGAACCAAAGCUGGACACUCAGAGGCAGAGGCUGUCCUCUGUGGUGGCUGCUGAUCUGCUUCCUUCGCUGGAAGGGGUGGAGUUGGGCGCCAUAGGAAAGACCGUGUCCUACGCUCAGUUUCUUUAUCCCACCAAUGCUUUGGUGAGGCAGAAGAGCAGCAAUGCAGCAGACGGCGCGGCUCCGCAGCCCCGUUUCCGCGGCAACGGUCAGAAGAACUUCAUCCCCGGCCGUGUCAACAGCAGUGCAGCUCAGGACUCGUACACGGAGGAUGCGGCGGAGUACGACCCCAACCUGCUCAGCGACCCGCAGUGGCCCUGCGGGAGGCACAAGAGAGUCCUCAUAUUUGCAUCAUAUGUGACGACCGUUAUCGAGUACGUGAAGCCGUCUGACCUGAAGAAAGACAUGAACGAAACCUUCAGGGAGAAGUUUCCCCACAUAAAGCUGACGCUGAGCAAGAUAAGAAGCCUGAAAAGAGAGAUGAGAGCCGUGAGCGAGGAGUGCGGCCUGCAGCCGGUUACCAUAGCGAUGGGUUUUGUUUACUUCGAGAAGCUGGUGCUGCAGGGUCGCCUCAACAAGCAGAACCGGAAACUGGUGGCUGCGGCGUGCGUGCUGCUGGCUGCAAAGAUCAGCAGUGAUCUCCGGAAACCUGAAGUCAAGCAGCUGAUUGAUAAGCUGGAGGAGCGUUUCCGCAUCAACAGACGGGAACUAAUUCCUCUGGAGGUCUCCGUUCUGGUUGCCUUGGAGAUGGGUCUGUACCUUCCGGAGAGCAAGGUCAUGCCACAUUACCGCAGGCUGGUGCAGCAGGGUUAGAGGCGGCUGUCCUUCAAAAAAAAAAGACUCUCCUGAAAUUCAAUUUAUUUUCACUGUAAAGGAGGAAAAAAAAAUCUAGUUUACACUGUUUGUCGGAUGCUGUAUGUAGAGUGUGUGUUUUUGUACGUGGUGUUGAUCCAGUCAUGAACUCUAUGUUAGAGACGUUCAUUCAGCACGUUGAUUGUGCUUUUAUUCUGAAAUCUCCACAUAUACAUUUGUUUUUUAUUAGUCUGCUGUUGUGUUUAAAAUAAAUGUACUGUUCUUUGUGCAUUUGUGGAAACCCAACUGUUACCUGCACUUUCUGCUGUUCCUGUGAUAGUAUUGAUCCGAACUGAAGAGGAACCGUGCUGUAGAUUUUGUGGAGGCUUUUUUAGCACACUGUGACAUUCUUAGCCAUCAGACUGUAACAUGACACUGUGGAUUGUGGGUAGAAAACUGUGGAGCUCCAGAAUGAUUUUAAAAAAGUAGACCAAUUUUUAAUAAUUUUCAAAAUAAAUGCCAUUACAUUUUAAUAGUAUUUUAGGUGCAAUUAUAUGAAAUCUUUAUGUAAAAGAACGCGUUUUCAUAGUUUUAUGUCAAAAUAUUUAUUUUACAAUUUCAUGGUCUUAUUUAUUUAUUGAAAUAUUUAUUUUAUUUGAUCAUUUCUUGUUUAGAGGCAUCCAUAAGAAACCUGUUCAGUGAAGGAAGUGGCCUUGAAUGUUUCUCCUUUUGGUAUUUGUGUUUUUUUCAUAACAAUCAGCCAAAGUUUCACAUGUGAUGAAUGCUUUGACAGCUCUUCGUCGUGCCACAAACCAAUCGAUGUUUCUAAAGUUUUGGAGAAAUCGUUCCUGUAUUACACUAACGUUAAUUCCUCAGUUUGAAUCAGUUCUCAGGAAUUUUACUUUUGUGUUUAUUUUUUACAGUAGUUUCUUAAAUUUAACCCAAAGAAAUAAACUUUUUAAUUUUCUGUUUUUGUCUUUCAACAAUAACUGUAUUUGUUUUGGUCGAUUGAAUCCAUAUGUGAGCAUCAGACAGCAGUAUCUCCUCAGUGUGGUUUAAAAACAAAGUGCCUGAACCCACUUUGGCAGUGAAACGGUGAACAAUCAAUCCGCUUGAGUCACUGUUGACAUUUCUUUUUUAAUUUUUAUUUAAUGCAAUUUUUCUGAAAUCGUUCUUGUCUGAUCACAACCUUCUUUGGAGUGUUGAUUCGGUGAUGUGGUGAAAAGUGUUCAAAAUAAAAAUGGGUGUAACUGCUGA